GCCCUCCACAGCUGUGUGCGGUGUAAAGGGAUCCCAACUCCCGGACCGUUUACGGAAUUCCUCCCCCAUUAAAGAUUUAAAGGCAGCAAAGAUGAGCCACGGGGACCGUUACACCUCGUCGUCCUACCGGAAGAUCUUUGGGGAUUCUCCCAAGUUCCCCGUCUCUUCCUCGCGCAUGGGCGGCCCCUCUCCUCGGGCCUCCCCAGGGCUCAGGUCCAUGGCUGGGUCCCGUCACGGCGCGUCCUCCAUGGGCAUGUACAGGCGGCUCGGCCGGUGUGCCUCUUACUCCCCGGUACCCACCGACUCCCUUGACCUGACGCAGACCUCCGUGGUCAACAGUGAGUUCAAAGUCGUUAGGACCAACGAGAAGGAGCAGCUGCAGGGCCUGAACGACCGUUUCGCCAUGUUCAUCGAUAAAGUCCGGCACCUGGAGCAGCAGAACAAGGUGCUGGAGGUGGAGCUGGUGACGCUGCGGCAGCGGCAGGGCGAGCCGUCCCGCGUCGCCCACCUCUACCAGCAGGAGCUGAGGGACCUGCGGACCCAGGUGGAGGAGCUGAGCAGGGACAACAACCGCAUCCUGAUCGAGAGGAACAACAUGGAGGACGAGCUGCAGAAGCUCGGUGUGAAGUGUGACGAGGAGAUGAGGGCUCGCGAGGAGGCCGAGCAGACCCUCAGGUCCUUCAGGAAGGACGUGGACGACGCCACGGCCGUCCGCCUGGACCUGGAGCGCCGCUUGGAGUCGCUGAUGGACGAGAUCGUCUUCCUGAGGAAAGUGCACGACGAGGAGAUCCAGGAGCUGAGCAGCAUGAUGGAGGAGCAGCAUGUCUCCGUGGAGCUGGAGCACGCCAAGCCGGACCUCACCUCGGCCCUGAAGGAGAUCCGCAGCCAGUACGAGUCCAUCGCCUCCAAAAACCUGCAGUCGGCCGAGGAGUGGUACAAGAGCAAGUUCGCCAGCCUCAGCGAGCAGGCCACCAGGAGCAACGAGGCCAUGAGGGCCAGCAGGGAGGAGAUCAGCGAGUCCAGGAGGCAGAUGCAGUCCAAGACCAUUGAGAUAGAGAGCCUGAGGGGCGCCAAUGAGUCUCUGGAGAGGCAGAUCGCAGAGAUGGAGGACGCACACGGUGCUGAAGUCACGGCCAUGCAGGACACCAUCGGCCACCUGGAUACUGAGCUGAGGAACCUGAAGGGCGAGAUGGCCCAGCACCUGAGGGAGUACCAGGACCUGCUCAAUGUCAAGAUGGCCCUGGACAUAGAAAUCGCUGCAUACAGGAAACUGCUGGAGGGCGAGGAGACUCACUUUAACUCUGGGAUGUCUUUCGGUACCGCCGGCUACGGCUACCAGUCCCGGGGCUCGGCCAGCUCUUCCCGGGGCACCCAGAGGGAGAAAGACGGGGCCAAGGAGACCUUCAAGGAGAGCAGCGAGGAGAAAGACGAGGCAGACAUCAACUCCAACAACUAAAUGAAAAUAGACAGGGCAAUGUGGUCAUCACGUCUGCGUAGUGAGUUCGUAGUCGCAUUCUGUAUUUUGGAACUGGAGCUGAAAGUCAAUAUUUUAGGUGAUGAUCAAGGUCUUGUUCUCCUUGGACCGUGUCUCAGUUUUUAGAGGAUGUUCGUAAUCUAAAAAGAGACCAUAGUGCUGUGCAUCCUCAGAGGAAUAGGGUCAUGUUGCACAUAUUGGACCACUAUUUAAUACGUAACAAGGUACAGAGAGUUCCGGGGUAGGAUUUAACGUUGUAAUUCUGUGUGAUAUUUUACUGACUGUGUGAGAAGAAGAAAAACAAAACGUUGAGCGUUAGUUUAGUUUCACGUCUCCGUUAACGCAGCAUGUGUUCCUGUUGUGCUAUGAUGUUGAACUUAGAGGUAAACUGCAAUGCAACACCUUCAGGGUGUUCGGAGGAUGAUGGGUGUUGUUCGGUUUCAUGAAGCUUAGACGGAUGUGUUCUGUGUUACAUAACCGCUACAGUAUUCUGGGUUGGAAAAGACUGUAAUUGCACAAGGAAUAUCAGAUUAUUAUCAUGUAAACACUAUAAGGCAUUAGCUGGGAAAGAUGUUCAGUACAUGUUAGUCCAACAAGCUGCAGUGUCAAUGUAUACACCUUCUGGGGGGAAAAACUACAAAAACACACGCUGUUGUUUCAGUUGCAAUGAAUA